AUGAAAGGCGCAGGCGCCACGUUCGCUAAAGCCUACUUGCUGGCAGGCCUCCUUGCCCUCUUGGGCAUCUCGGAUCAUUUCGGCGGCAGCCGGGACGACAGCGAGGAGGAGGCCCCGGAGCAGCCCAGCAGCGGGGCUGCUCACGAGGAGUUCGAGUUCGCCUGGAGCGAGGGGCAGUCCUGGACGGCGGUCGACCCGACAGGGCGCGGGCAGAUCAUCGAUCUUCGCGACAAGCAAACGCACGGCACCAAACCUGCAAAUGGAUUCCAAUGGAGUGAUCACCCGGUGUUCACCGAGUUCCGGAAGGAGAAGAGCAUCGCGGGUUUGGACAAGUUGAUCGCGCGGGCCACUAUGGAGGUGGGCCAGGCGGCGGACGCUCAGCCCGCGCCGGCGGGCUUCGCGGCACCAGCUACCAUGACGCAGGACGACAACGCGCAUAUCGACGAGGUCUUGCGGAAGCUAAGCGAGCGCGAGGCCAUUGUCCGCGAGGGUGCUGGGCCGCCGGAAGGGGGCCCGCGCCAUCGUGCCGGCGCUGCUGGCGCGGCUGCUUCGGACAUGGACUUGCAGACUUCUAUCGUGACGAGCGAGAGCAGGAACCCAAAGAAGGAGGAGCUUCUCGAGACCCUGGAGCAGCUCAAGAGCGACAUGGCGCAGAGGGCGGGCGGCAUUCGUGCCUCGGGCUCCAUGCCGCGCAAGGGUGUUAGUUGGCUGAUGUUCCUCGUGUACUUGGCCUUGCACUGCUCCAUCUUGAUCGGCGGGUUCAUCGACUCCGCGAGUGGGCUCAGCGUGGUUUUCGGGCGCUUCGACGGGCGCCCUGCGCCACUGCAUUUGGCGGGCCGGGUCGCCCUGGUCGGCGGCGUUGGUCUUCCGCCACUUGUCUACCGGCGCUUCUCCCCCGCGGACUACGGGGCCGCGAGCGGGGACCGGGUGGGCCGGGGCAAGUUCGACCCGAAUUGGAUGGAGGUUGCGACCCGCUGCGAGCCCUUUUUGAGGGCGCGGCAGAGCGGGGUGCCGAAGUUCGCGGCGCGGGCGAGCUCGACGGUCAAGGUCCUCGCGUUUGUCAGACAGGUCGAGCCGUUCGAGUUUCUGAGAUGCGCGAAGAGCCGAGGCGUCGACGUCGGAGACCUUCCUGGUGGCGUGACUGGUCUCGGCCUGAAGGUCUACGCGACGGACGCGGCGAGCGAGGUUUCGGGCCCCGUCAUCGCGGACAUGGGCAUGGCCGAGGCUCGUGACUCGGCUGGCCGGAGGUGGAUCGCCUCGAUGGACGAGGCGUGCGCGGACAUCGAGAGGGCCAUGGCGGCCGAGGAGGAGGGGGGGGUUCAGGACCAGGGCGAGCAUGCAAGGGCCGAGCAAAAGGAUUUCCCAGAGCACUUCUCUGGGGGCGAGAACCUCUCGAACGCAAUCCAGGAGGUGCGAGGCUCUAGGACAGACCCGCGGGGCAUCGAGAGGGGCCCGUCCCAGGACGUCCUGCAGCCCGUGGACCUCGCCAAGGUCGUGAGCAGUUCAGGCCGGAACGGGAACGCGGAGUUCUGGGCGAAGAUCGCUUGCCCGUGCCCGAAGUACUUCAGCCUCCAGUACGCGACGGUGGCCGCUCCGCUCUACAAGCGCAGCCUAGAGGAGGCUAUCGCUUGCGCCAUCCUGACCCUCAUCGAGAAAGUCCUGGCGGUGGAGACCAUCGCGGUCCACGUCUCUUUUGACGGGUGGCUUCGCGAGCAGGACUGGUCCCAGCUGCGCUUUGUGCGCUGCGCGCGUGACCAGCGCGGCGGCUUCUCUCUUCUGCUGGGAGACAGGCACCGAGGGCCUUUCAGGAGUUGCCUCCUGCUGUCUGCCCUGUUCGGUUCGGGCCCUCUUCCCGCCCUGGCUCGGCCCGCUCGUGAGCGGCUUGGCGACCAGGCGGCCGCCGCAGCCGAGCUGGCCGAGUGGCGGCAGCUGGCGCUGCAGCAGCGCGAGGAGCUCCAGCGCAACGGGCAGCUCCGCACGGAACUCAGGACCGACGCGGAGGCGCUGCAGAAGCAGCUGGGCGCCCUCGGCGCGGAGAGAGAGCGGCUGUCCUCUGGAGGCGCCGCGGUGGACGCCGAGGUCCACGUCUGCAACCUGCAGGCGCAGCUCGCACAGACGCGAGCACGGCAAAUCGCGGGCGCCAGGGAGCUCGAGCGGCUCGAGGCCGAGCUGGGCGAGGCGCGCGCCGCCGCGGCGGAGGCGGCGGCCAGCGCCGAGGCGGGCGCCGCCGAGCUCGGGGAGGCGGAGCGGGAGCGCGCGGGGCUGGAGGCGGAGACGCGGAACGCCGAGGACGACAUCGCCCGCGCCACGGAGGAGCGCCUCGCAGGCAUGGUGUCUACGGAGGAGAUCCAGCGAAGAGAGGCAGAGUCCGAGAGAAGCCGCGAAGCGAUCCGGGAGGCGGUCCGGGAGCUCCAGACAGUUGCGGCAGGCUCUCGCGGGCGCCCUCUCCAACGCCGCCGACCUGCCAAACGCUCUGACGGAGCUGCAGGUGCUGCGCGAGUCCGCCGAGGCCGCGACCAGGGGCGUCAACCGCUCGAGGAUUUCAAUGCCCAGCUCGAGGGCCGCAUCAAGCAGCUGGAGGAGGAGAUUGCGCAAUUGCGAACAGGUGCCGUCGACCUUGCCAGCGAGGAGGAGCUGCUGCGGGAGGCGGUGGUGCAGCAGAGCGAGACGUCCCUGCGCCGGGUGGAGGACCUCACCGAUGAGCGGAAGACCGCCGACGCCGACCGGCGGCAACUGCUGGCUACAGCCGCGGAGCUGCUGGGGCAGGUCGACGCGGCGGAGACGCGCGUGGGCCGCCGGGAGAGCCUGGAGUCGCAGUGCAAGCGCUACGAGGACGACAGCCAGGUGCUUAGCUCGGAGGUGGAGCGGUACCAGCGGACCAACGACGCGCUGUGCCAGCAGGUCUUCGGCGAGGACAGACGGCGAGGGCGCCUACGCGGGCACCCUGGCGCGCGCUCCGCGGCUGGGAGACGCGCAGGCAGGCGUCCUGCAUGCGGACGUCGCGAGGCUGGUGCGCGGGCGGCCGCUGGAGUCGGUGCAGGGCGGGAGCCUCCGAGGACGACGCCGCGGAGCUGGCCCUGCGGGUGCAGCAGCUCCUGGCCGAGCGCGAGGAGGCGUUCUGGGUGGAGCGCCAGGGCCUCUCGGACCGCGUGGCCGCUCUGGAGCGGGCGCGCGGCGGCCGCACGGGGGCGAUGCUGA